UUCAUAUGCAUAUGUAAAAACUUAAGCAAUGUUGCAGAGAGCUGCAAGCAACGCUUAUUCGUGGUGGUGGGCUAGUCAUAUUCGAACUAAACAAUCAAAAUGGCUCGAACAAAGCCUGCAAGAGAUGGAAGAGAAGGUGGAGUACAUCCUGAAACUCUUUCAAGAAGAUGGAGACUCCUUUAUAAAGAAGGCAGAAAUGUACUACAAAAGGAGGCCAGAGUUUAUAGAAUUUGUUGAAGAAUCCAGUCGGGCUUAUCGAGCUUUAGCACAAAGAUAUGACAAGUUAUCAACAGAUUUACAAAAUGCCAACACCACCAUUGCUACUUGUCUGCCAGAGCAAGUUCAGUUUUCUAUGGAAGACUACGACGAUGAUUAUGAUAAAAUUAAUAAAGCUCUAAAAGGUGGUGGCCCUCCAAAAGACAUCGGAAAAGGUCCACCCCCUCCUAAUGCUCCCAAGGUGCCUAAUGCUCCCAAGGCUCCAACCAGGUCCUUGAAGGGUAUUUUAAGUGAUGCCUCAAAGAAACUGGUUAAAAAACCAGUAAAGCCAACUUAUACUCAGAUUAAGCCUAAGCCUCCUCCCAAGUCUGGUUUGACAGAGACUGAGGCCUCUGAAGAGGUUGAUAAGCUUCAGAAAGAUAUAUUAGCAUUGCAGACAGUGAAAGAGUUUGUGAAGAGUUCUUAUGAAAAUGGAUUAGAAAAGUUCCGCAAAAUUGAGAGUGAGAUUAUGGAGAAACAAACCAGGGCUAGUAGAUUAUCAGAUGAGUUUGGGAUAACUAGUGUAAUUGAGGAUCAUGAAGCACGAGAUUUGAUGGCAAAAACAGCGCUCAAGUCUUGUCAAGAGAAGUUGGUUCAACUGCAAAGUCAGCAGGAUAAGUCUGGUGAGGAAGCUGAGGCAGAGAUUAAAAGACUUGAGAAGGCUAAUCUAAGAUUGAAAGCUCUGCGACAGAAGUUCCUCCCUGAUGAACCUCUUGAUAAUGAAAUACCUGAUGAUCCAAAGGCACUAGCUGGAACAAGCAUAAACCAGGAGGUUGGCCUAGAGGGACAGAAAUUGGAGGCAAUGAUAGAGAAGAUUAAAGAACUUGAUGAAUCGAGUGGUUCUAUGACAGUGACAGAACUAGCUGAGAAGAUAAAUGAACUUGUGAAUCAGGUGAUUUACUUGGAAAGUUCAGUUUCAUCACAGACUGUUCUAAGAAACAGGCUUCAAACAGAAGCGGAUGAUCUUGAUGCACACAUCCAACACAUUGAAGAUGGUAAAGCAACCACGGAAGAUGGAACACUAAGUGUAAGCAAAAGAGUGAAAGAUUUGGAAAAGAAGCUGAAAUCAGUUCAGACUUUGAACCAGAAUGUUGUGAAAAACAACACUAAACUUCAAACACAUUUCACUGCUGUCAAUAGUGGCCUUGAUAAACUAUCCGAGAAGCUUCAGACUGUAAAACCAGAUGAAGAGGGGACACAAGAGACUGAAGCAGAUGAAACCAAAAAGAUUCAAAGUGCAUCACCUAGUGAGAAUCAGAAGGGUGAAGGUGGAGCAAUAAAUUCUGAUAAACUAACCAGUAUCAAUAUAUCAGAUAUUGAUUUUGAUGAUGAGGCAAACUUGCCGCAAAUGCUCUUGAAUGGUGUGGAAGAUAAAGACAAGUUACUUAAGAAAGAAUACACUACAAUUAUAAGAAACUACAAAGAAAUCAAGAAGAAAAUUCUUGACGAGGAGAAAAAUAGUGAUGCCCUCUUUCAAACAACAUUACAAGUAAGAGAACUGAGAAAUGCUGUAGCUAAGAGGGACCAAGAAAUUCAAUCUUUGCGAAAUAAGUUACAAGAGAAUGCACCAGAAGCAGGAGUCUCGACUGAAGGUGAAGAUGCACAUACUCAACCAGAAGUUGAAGUGGAUGUGGAAAUCAACAGUUUGAUUAAUGAAACUAAUCCAGUAUCACCUUUUGAGGAAAAGCUAAAGAGUCAGAUUGAUGAGAUGCUGGAUGAGAACCUUGAUUUCUUCUUAAGGUUAAGUACUACAUUUCAUCAGAUACAGAAAUUCAGAAGUGGGAUAACAGAUUUACAAGAGGAAAUCUCGGCAUUUAAGACAAGAGAAUCAAAGAGAGCAGACGGCAUUGAUAUAGAAUUUAAAUCAGAUGUGCGUGCAGUAUUCAGGCACCUCAACGAGAUAAAGUCUGAACUAAAAGUAUGGUUAGAACAGAGCGAAUCAUUGAAGGAAGAAGUUGAAAGCAGACUUUCAUCGUUAUGCACAAUUCAACAAAGAAUAACAGAAGCUUUAAAGGAAGGUGCUGAAGAAGAUGAGAUAGCUUUCACUAGCUAUCAAGCAGCAAAGUAUCAGGGUGAAAUUUUGACCAUGAAGCAAGAGAACAAAAAGGUGAAUGUGGAGUUGCAAGGAGGCAUAAAUAAUGUAACUUCACUCCAAACUGAAUGUGAGGAUGCAAUGAAAAAGUUGGAUGAGGAAUACGGACUAACAGAAAACGCUGCAAGGAACGUUAACAAGCCUGGAAUUCCAUUGCGCUCAUUCAUAUUUGGUGGCAAAGAAAAGAAGAAGAAGCCUGGACUACUCUCUUACAUGACACCAAAAAAGUGA